AUGUCCGUGCCUCUAGACAGUACGGGUAGCAGUCGGCCGAAAUGGCGGACGGCGCUCGUCCCUCAGGGGCGAGCACGCCACAAAUUGGACAUCGCUGUUUUCAGCGAGACCCGCUUCUCCAAACAAGGCCAGCUGGAGGAGGUGGGUGCCGACUACACCUUUCUCUGGAGAGGCCGUCCAAACGUAGAGCGAUGGGACGCAGGUGUCGCUUUUGCAGACCGCAGCCAUAUCGUGGAACAACUGCCCUGUCUGCCGCAGAGCAUCAACGGCCGUCUGACGAGCCCGCGUCUGUCUCUCCGGGGAGGCAAAUUUUCUCUCAUCGUCAGCGUCUACAUCUCCCUAAUGAUCAGCUCCGGCGAGGAGAAGACCAAGUUCUACAAAUACCUACACGCCCUUCUGGAGACUUUUCCGAAGGGAGACAAGCUGGUUGUCCUUUGUGUCUUCAAAGAAUGCGCUGCCUGGAGGAGUGCUGGGUCCCCGUGA